AACGAUCGUAUAUGAAAAGAAGAAACCACAAAUUCAGUCUGUUUCCAGUCCAAAAACCCACACACUCUCUCUAACUCGUCUCCAUCAUUGCACUGUGAAAAAAAAGCAGAGUAAAUUCAAAGAGAUGAACUGACUCUUCCUUUUCUCUUCCAUAAAACCCUAGAACUUUCAAAUUCCUUUACUCAAAAAAUCAGAUGCAAGAUAUUUUUGGAUCAGUUCGGCGAUCACUGGUGUUCCGAACACCGACUGCCGACGGUGGAGAUGACGGUAAUCUAGUUGAGAAGAUCAAUUCCUGCAUCCGGAACUCCAGAGUUUUCUCUAAGCUGUCGCCUCCUCCGCCGGCGUUGCCCUCACCAAAAGCCGUUAAAGAUGGAGGUGAUGCGGCUCCGCGGCCUAUCCGGUGGAGAAAAGGUGAGAUGAUUGGAUGUGGCGCUUUUGGACAGGUUUAUAUGGGAAUGAAUCUCGAUUCUGGUGAACUUCUCGCCGUCAAGCAGGUUUUGAUAGCCGCGAACAGUGCUUCAAAGGAGAAAGCUCAGUCCCACGUUAAAGAGCUUGAGGAGGAAGUCAAGCUUCUCAAGAAUCUCUCGCAUCCAAAUAUUGUUAGAUAUCUUGGAACUGUGAGAGAAGAAGACACAUUGAAUAUUCUGCUGGAAUUCGUACCUGGUGGAUCGAUAUCAUCCCUUUUAGGCAAAUUUGGAUCUUUCCCUGAGCCAGUUAUAAGAACGUACACUAAGCAAUUGCUCCUAGGGCUGGAUUAUCUUCACAAGAAUGGAAUCAUGCAUAGAGAUAUUAAGGGGGCCAAUAUCCUUGUUGAUAACAAAGGUUGCAUAAAGCUGGCUGACUUUGGGGCAUCAAAGAAGGUUGUUGAACUGGCUACUAUAUCAGGCGCCAAGUCCAUGAAGGGCACACCAUACUGGAUGGCUCCUGAGGUCAUUCGCCAAACCGGUCAUAGCUUCUCUGCUGAUAUAUGGAGCGUAGGAUGUACCGUAAUAGAGAUGACUACUGGCAAGCCACCCUGGAGCCAACAGUAUCAAGAGGUUGCUGCGCUCUUCUAUAUUGGGACAACAAAAGCUCAUCCUCCGAUCCCCGAACAUCUGUCUGUUGAAGCAAAAGACUUUCUGCUGAAAUGCUUACAAAAGGAACCAGAGUUAAGACUAUCAGCUAGUGAGUUGUUACAGCAUCCAUUUGUCACUGGUGAAGCACAACUAUCUCCUCCUGAUGGUUCUAGUUCCAUGAUGGGCAAAUCUCAAGCUCAUUCUGAUUCAAAUGGGCAUAAUGGAAAAAGCGUUGCUGGUUCAAUAGACAUCUGCAACUUGGGUACCUUGAAUAUCUCAACAGAAAAUGCAUGUACCUUGUCCGAGACCGGACAUAAGUGGAGAGGAAACAGUAGUGAUGAUGAUAUGUGUCAGAUUGAUGAUACUGAUAAUUUUUUCUUGGGUGGAGGAACAAAGUUAAGCACUGCUAAGACGGUGGAUGAUUUCAAUAAGAGUUUCAAUCCCAUCUCUGAGCCCUCUGGUGAUUGGAACUGUGAUUAUGACAUGACUCCUCAAUCACAACAAGGGAAUGCAAAUAUAGUUAGCAAUCAGGAAGGUGGCAUAGGUGAUGGGAUUUCAGUCUCGCCUAACAACAAUUCUGCAGUUUUUUGUGGUCCUUCCAUAUCAGAAGAUGAGGAUGAGCUUACUGAGUCUAAAAUCAGAGCCUUCCUGGAUGAAAAGGCUCUUGAAUUGAAGAAACUGCAGACACCUCUGUAUGAAGAGUACUACAACAACAGUUUGAAUCCUUCAUACUCUCCACAGUUGGCUGAGACUGCAAUCGAUGAAACCACUCCAAAAUACUUGAAAUUACCCCCGAAAAGUAGGUCACCAAGUAGGGGUCCUAUUGGAAGCCCGUCUACAGGAGUUGAUAUCAUCAAUAGUGCAAGCCCUGGGAGCAGCAACAGGCGAACAUCAUGCAUUGGCAGUGGAAGCAACCAAGACUAUGAUGACAGUUCACCGCAAUCUAAUGAGCGGAGGCAAUCAAAUAGUCCAAUUGCAAGUUUUAGUGAGAUUCAGAGGAAGUGGAAGGAAGAGCUUGACCAAGAGCUUGAAAGAAAGCGAGAAAUGAUGCGUCAAGCAGGUGUGGGGGGAAAAACAUCUUCUCCCAAGGAUCGAGCUUUGAAUCGACAGAGAGAGCGUUCAAGGUUUGCAUCUCCAGGAAAGUGACUGUAUAUUUCUGUAUCCGCAUUCAUAGAUCAAGAGGUUUUUCCCCCCUUCUAUGAACCUCUUUACUGUAUAUGUUACCACACUUGGGGAAAAAGAUGUGCAAAAAAUCUAGUCACAGGAUUGAUCCUUGUGCUGUGGUUUGCUUCUACCUCACAAGCCAGCAACAAAAUGAUAUGUUACCACUCAGGGAUUAAUCCUACUUCCAAAUUUUUCCUUGUGUUUUUCUUUCUCCUUUUCAAGGAAAGAGGAGCAGAGUUUAUUGUAUGUUCUUGAGUUGUAAAAUUCCUUCAUGUAGGGCAAUCAGGAUAGGUAUGGCAGAUUGUAGCCACCAAAAUGUCCUGUUCCACUUUCCUGUUAGGAUAUGUUUCCUGUCAUAUUGAAGUUCAUAUGUAAUUUGCUUGAAACUUAUGGUUGUUCCGAGUGCAUUUAUCUGAUCUUUUCUUUUGAAAUGUAAAGUUUUAUUGAUCCA